GAGUCAAGAGCCCGAAGCAUUUUGCGAAGCGACUCCUUGCGGGCUGGACACACCCGCGACGCGCAAUAAAAUUUAACUCUUUCCGUACAGUAGUCUAAGUGAAUGUCGUACUUAUAAAACGAUAUAAUGUUGAUAAGGAGUAAAUUCGCAAUUGUUUGGGCGGGACUUUUAGCGUUUGGGUAUGGGAGUGACUUGGACGUAACGAAUGGAUUCUCGUCUACUGAUGGUGCGUUCUAUACCGACGAUGCGGUUAUUUUAAACGCUCCCGCAGAACGUGUGAAACGUGACGUGGUUAACUCAACUCGCGAUGGCAAACAAUUGCUGUUGGUGCAACUAAGACAGGUAUCUACCUCUGUACACUUAAACAGUACUACCGAAGUACCUAAAGUAUAUUUAGCUUACCUUACAUUGAAUUCUGGUAACAGUAGAUGUGCAAUUUGUCAGGUGUACGGAGUGUGCUGCACGGACCCGGUGGACACGCCCCCGCAAGAGGCCCCUGAUGUGCAGAGGUUCGGGUACAUACAGCCUGCUGUCCCACUACAGUUUCUGCCAGGAUUUGCAGCACUGACAAGAUGGUCAUACGGCAACGACGGCGACUUCCGUCAGAUUCCCGCACAAUGGCCACCGACGAUCCCUCCUCUGCCUACCCACCCGCCCGACCACACUGCGCCUACGCAUCCACCUUCUCUAGUUGCAGGUGUAACAAAGCCACCAAGUAACUUCCCUGCUGCACCUACAACCUGGCCUACUAGGCCUCCCAGCACAACCAAGCAGACGUGGGCCCCAGCAUACCCCACUAAGCCGAGUGUGCCAGCACAGCCAGUGCCUUCUCAGCCUGCUGUGGAUGGAUCCUGUGGAAUUAAGAACGGAGCUCAGACCUACGACAGCAAUUAUCAAGACGAGGAACGUAUAGUGGGUGGGCACAACGCUGACCUAAAUGAGUGGCCGUGGAUUGUGGCCCUCUUCAACGCUGGGCGACAGUUCUGCGGCGGCUCCCUCAUAGACGACAAACAUGUGCUUUCUGCAGCCCAUUGUGUGGCACAUAUGACAUCCUGGGAUGUGGCUCGGCUUACGGCCAGACUUGGAGAUCAUAACAUCCGCACCAACACCGAAACUCAACACAUUGAAAGGAAAAUCAAGAGGGUGGUGAGACAUCGCGGAUUUGAUAUGCGUACUCUGUACAAUGAUGUCGCCGUAUUGACAAUUGACCAGCCCGUUGCCUUUAGCAAGUACGUCCGUCCCAUUUGUUUGCCGGUUGGUGGCAGAUCCACAUACCAGGGCAAAAUCGCUACAGUCAUCGGUUGGGGAAGUUUGCGAGAAAGUGGACCUCAGCCUUCUGUUCUGCAAGAAGUGUCGAUUCCAGUUUGGUCUAACCAGGAGUGCAAGUUGAAGUACGGUGGAGCUGCUCCUGGUGGCAUCGUGGAGCACAUGCUUUGUGCUGGGAAAGCUAGCAUGGACUCUUGCAGUGGUGACAGUGGUGGCCCUCUGAUGGUAAAUGAAAAUGGCCGUUGGACCCAAGUCGGUAUCGUGUCCUGGGGUAUUGGGUGCGGCAAAGGCCAAUAUCCCGGAGUGUACACACGUGUCACCUACUUCUUACCUUGGAUUCAGAAAAACGCUCAAUAAAUUGUGUAAUACCCGAAGUACAGUCAGCGUCGCAAAAUUAAAAAUUUCUCAAUUUAUUCCAUGAAUAAUAUUUUUAAGGACAACUACUUUGAGAAAAACAACCAAACGACCUUGCUUUUCUUAAUUAGUUGCAACAAAAUUUCAAUUUAUGGAAAUUGUGCCAAUUUAAUUUAAGAUUCUAAAUUAAAUAAAAAUUACCAUAUUUCGAA